AUGAAUAAAGUGCGAAAGAUCCAGCAGCUGAACGAAAAGGAGCUGGAACUGGGCGCUUCCAUCCAGGCAUCCUGGCACUACGAAUACGCAGACACGUCGUACAUAUUUAUCGGGAACUUGCCGCCGGAAAUCAACGAGAUGGACCUGCUCAUUGUGUUCUCGCAGUACGGAGUACCUACGCAUCUCAAGCUGAUGCGCGAUAAGGAGACCGGCCAGUCGCGUCGGUUUGCGUUCUUGAAGUACGAGCAGUUCGAAUCCACCAUCCUCGCCGUCGACAACCUCAAUGGGUACUCGUUCGGCGACGAGUACACUCUGCGAGUCGACCAUGUCAGAUACCGUCCAUACAGCUACGAUAAGGAUCAGGACGCGAACCGGGCAUGGGACGAGGCAUUGGCCGUGGAAAUGGAGAAAGACUUUGGCGUCGAGCAGGAAGAGCCCGAGAAACUGCUGGAGAACGAGAUCGACGCAGAAGACCCAAUGGCCCAGUUCCUGGCCAAGAAACAUAAAUCCAAAUAA